AAAAAGAGUUUGAAAGAAGAAUAACACUUAGCUAGCUAGCGGCACCAAAACACACACACAAAUAUAUAUGGCAGUAGUAAAAGAACCCACUCCAAUUAAGCUUGACUACUACUACGGUGGCAAUAAUAAUGAUGGUGCCGAUCAAGAUUUGUUGUUGACAAUCAAAGAAGAAGAAGACGAAGACGACAUGAUGAUGAUGAUGGGUUGUGGUUUUGAUCAUAAUAUUAAAGAAGAACCCAUAUUGAUUUUUGAUGAUCAUGAUCAUGAUGAUGAUUUUCUUGGGGGCGGCCGCGGCGGCUUGUCGUCGAAAUGGGCACCUAAGCCGAUAGAAGGGCUGAGAGACGGCGGACCUCCACCGUUUCUGAAGAAAACAUUCGACAUGGUGGAUGACCCGAAAACAGAUUCCAUCAUAUCAUGGAGUGAUUCGAAGAAAAGUUUCAUUCUUUGGGAUCCCCAUAAGUUUUCUACCCACCUUUUGCCACAAAGAUUUAAGCAUAAUAACUUCUCUAGCUUUGUUCGUCAACUCAAUACUUAUAGGUUCAAGAAAAUCGAUCCGGAUAGAUGGGAAUUUGCAAACGAGUUGUUUCAAAAGGGGAAGAAGCAUUUGUUGAGAGACAUCAAGAGGAGGACAAACCAGACACAUCAAUUAGUAAUGCAAAAACAAGCGGAAUUUAAACAAUCAUCAGCUAGUUGUGCUCAUCAUCGUCAUCAAACAAACCCUACUAUGGCAACCGAGCUCCAAGUACUAAAAAAAGACAGAAAUGCGCUUAAACAAGAGAUCUUGACAAUGAAACAGCAACAAGAGAACACCGAUAAGCAUCUGGAAAACGUCCAGGAACGCAUGCUACGAAUGGAAUUCAAGCAACAACAGUUGUUACUAUUCAUGUCUAAAGCCUUCAGAAAUCCGGUUUUUGUUCAGCUUUUGCAGCAUCUAGCGCAAAAACAAGAAAGGGGCAGGGUACAAAUGGGCAAAAAACGUAAAACGGAGCAAAUGCUGAACGAGGUUAUUAAUGCUGAUGACGAACUCAACCAUAAUGUCCAACAGAUUUGGAAUAUGGUUGAACCGGAUACCACCAUGUUUUCUUCUGAUGAAUCGGCUGUAAGCCCACUUGAUCACGAGCAAAUGUCUAGUGAUCAGAAAUCUGGAUUAUUGAACAGCAGCAGUCCAGAUAAUUAUAAUUCCGAAAGCUUCAUCUUGUGGGAGAAACUAAUGGCAGAUGAACUGAUAGUCGGCGGAGACAGUACUGAUGAAGAAACGGGCAAGGAUCAAUCAGAAACCUUUCUCCAAGAAUGGGAAGAACUGAUUCCGAAAGUGUAGGAAGCUUAUAUAUGAUCCAUUCUAAUUUCAUAUAUACAAUCUUUGCCAAUACAUAGAUGGAUCUUUACGUGCCGUUGAUCGAACUAACACCAUUCUGUUCGGUUAUCCACAUCUUUUGGCAUUCAGGCCGGUGUCGAUAGGAUGGUGACUAUAUGUAGUACAGUAUGCAAAACAUAGAAGUAGACUAAUGCUGUACAUAUAUAUAUAUAUAUAUAUAUGCUUGUACUUGUUAAGUUUGUU